ACCGUCAGUCGGCGAUCGCUCCAUCGACGUUACGUUUUAGGUUAGGUCUCCGCCGGUCAGGGCUCCGCGAUUUCCCCGCUCGUGAAAUCCGGGCGAUCGGUUCCCAGAGCAGGGAAUCGGAGACAGAUAAUUGGAUAUCCUAUCAUCGAUGCGACAUCACUGGGUACCACCGACAUUGCGCAAAGUGCUUCUUCUGGCGCCUCCGACGUCCACCACCGCCGCCACUGUCUCCUCUCCGCCUCUUGCACCACCUCGUCUUUACCGCGUGUCUCGGAGAACGCUUUGCAAGACAAGGCUUAUGUAUGAACAGCUGAACCGCCAACAACGUCAGUUUCGAACGAGCGACGCUUGCGCCAACUACGCGUGCAAACGAGCUUGAUCUCGAUCCUCGUUCGAACUCGAAGGCGCCGAUCGUGGGACCUGAAUUUAGCUACAAGAGAGCCCUAACCUCCUUUCGCCACCCACUCCGCCCACCCUCUUCAAGAAUUUCCGCCCAACGCUAUUUCGCGUUUCUUUCAACCCGUUUACCGGAAAACCACCCGAAUAGAGUUGAAUUAACCGCCCUAAGUACGAGGAUCUUUCUAUGAGAAAUUGUUAAUAGGAAAGUUAUCGGUCAAGCGCGAAAGUCGAGGUUCAUCGUGCCCGAUAUGUGUGAUACUUGAGAAGGAGCUGUUUCAUUAUUUUUUAUCGGUACGUGGAGUGAUCGGAGGGGCGGGAAAGUUGGGAACCGGUGAAAGGAGGAUUCAGUGGAUACGGAAGAAAAUUUUCAAGGGUUUUGAGGGAGACUGCGCCUUCGAGGGACUCUUUCAUUCGAGCGGAGUGAACUUCGCUGCGGGAGAUCUUUCUUCGGCGCUAGAGGAGGCCUAGAACUUUCGUUGGCAAGAGCUUGGUGCUUCGAAUUAAUCCGAGGGAAGGAAAUAUUUGGCGCAUCCAAACAGUGAUAUGAAGAAUACGCCAAACACGGGAUAUGCGGAAGUGAACGGCAAGCAUGUCUCAAACGGUAAAGACGCCGAAGCGGCAGAUCAUGGCGAAGAAGUGGACGCCGUCCAGGAGGCGAUGGGCGGAUUCGGAAAAUGGCAGGUCUUCGUGUGCCUUGCCAUUUCCCUGGUCAAAUUCCCAGUCGCAUGGCACCAGUUGGCGAUCGUUUUCAUGGCUCCUCACCAACACUACAAUUGCACGGCUCCUGCAAGAACCGAUACGACGGAUCAGUGCAUAGUCAGCGUAAAUGGCACGCACGAAGAGUGCACGGAAUGGGAAUUCGAUAGAACCAUUUUUCCGGAGACCAUCAUAUCUCAAUGGAACUUGGUGUGCAGCAGAUCCCACUAUGCGGACAUUCAGCAAUCCAUCCUGAUGUUCGGUGUUCUUCUCGGAAACAUCAUCUUCGGAUGUUUGGCUGAUAGGUACGGGAGGAAGCUUCCUUUGAUGCUUUCCGUAAUUCUGCAGCUCGGUUCUGGUAUUGGCUGCGCGGUUGUUCCCUGGUUCCCGGCAUUGUUGGUCCUGAAGUUGCUCAGUGCCUUGGCUACGGGGGGAACAAUGGUUACCAGCUACGUUAUUUGCAUGGAAAUAGUCGGCACAAAGUGGCGUGUCGUGAUCACGGUGUUGUACCAGAUCCCAUACAGUCUUGGACACAUGUCCCUGGCAGGACUAGCCUUCUUGUUCAGGCACUGGCAACACCUUCAAUUAGCCAUCACUUUACCCUCGAUUAUUCUUCUCGGUUAUUGGUGGGUUGUACCAGAAUCUCCAAGAUGGCUUCUGGCAGUGGGCAAACAGAGAGCCGCGUGCAAGAUUUUGCAGAAGGCUGCCAAUGUGAACGGCGUUAAAAACAAGGACAUUCCAGAUAUGGUCAGGAAGCAUUGUCUUCAUCAGAAUUCGAAGCGUUCGCCUUCCGACCACAAAGCAUCCUUCCUGGACCUUUUCAGAACACCUAAUAUGAGAGUGAAGUCAUUGGCAAUAUUCUUUAAUUGGGUCGUUUGCGGCAUGGGUCUCUUUGGUAUGACUCAGUACAUCGGUCAUGUAGGAGGCGAUAUUUUUGUCAACUUUGCCGUUUCUGGAGCAAUCCAAAUCCCUGGAAACUUCGUCUCCUGGUGGGCCAUGAGUGCACUUGGCAGGAGAAUCACGCUAAUAUGCAGCAACACCGUCGCUGGUGUUGCUAGUUUGAUCCUAGUCGCUGUUCCACAAGACAUGAUAUGGCUUAGGCUAAUAUUAGCGUGUUUUGGCAUCGUCGGAAUGUCGGUAUCCUUUACCACCGCUUACCUUUUCUCUGGAGAACUAUUUCCGACUGUAGUGAGGAAUAUUGGAGUUGGAACUAGUAGUAUGUGUGCCAGGAUAGGAUCCAUGAUAGCUCCAUUUGUUGUUUCACUGGGAGUACUUCGAUUUUGGAUUCCACCUAUUAUGUUUGGAACACUUCCAUUGAUAGGUGCAGCGCUGUGCGUCUUAUUGCCAGAAACAGCUGGCUGCACUCUUCCAGAGACCAUUCUCGAUGGCGAGGAAUUUGGCAAGAAGCAUAAAAAGCCUGCCAAACGGAAAGAAGCGGAAGCGGAAGUUUCGCUUUGAAGGAGACGAUUCACGGUGCAAACGAGCAGCUUGAAGAAGGACAAGACACAGAAUCACCCUCUUUGUUUAAAUCAUCGAAAGGAGCAAAACGCAUGAAUAGGAGUAGAAAUACUGCAAUCAUUCCACGUUCUCUAUUUAUUACGUCGCAUGUACCCCACAACUGUAUGAAAUACCGUUCCGUCACGAAAUACAUUCUCAAGUUGCAUUUGACAAUACGUAAUAAUUAUGCCUUUGCAAUUGAUUGUACGACCGUCGACGUAAGAUGCGAAGUAUCAAUUUGUAAGAAAUUAAGAGAAUCGGUUUAUACGUAAUACUACGUACGUACAUGUUUUUAAUACCGAAUGUACUCAUCAUCCAGUACUGCGAGGAGCGUACAUGGAAUUUGUAUUACACGACAUUACGUUUAUGUAAAUAGAUGCCUCGUUUUGUACAA